CCAGAGGGUCAGGUAACAUGUUCAAGGCACUCCUCAGUCUCGCGAUCGUCGGCGUCUCCGCCAUCUCUGCGCGCGCCGCCGCGCUCUCUCCGAGAGUGACAGGCCCUGCUCCCCUGAAGUUCGCUGGUGUCAACAUCGCUGGUUUCGACUUCGGCUGCGGCACCGACGGUACCUGCACUGUCAGCGGCGCGUAUCCGCCCUUGACGCAGUACUAUGGCGCGGACGGUGCGGGCCAGAUGCAGCACUUUGUCAACGACGACGGAUACAACCUGUUCCGUCUCCCCGUCGGCUGGCAGUACCUGACCAACGGUGUGGUUGGUGGUACCCUCAACUCCACCAACUUCGACAAAUACGAUGCCCUCGUCCAAGCUUGCUUGAACACGGGUGCCUACUGCAUCAUCGACAUCCACAACUACGCUAGGUGGAACGGAGAGAUCAUCGGGCAGGGCGGACCCACCAACGCCCAGUUCGCGGCCCUGUGGUCCUCCCUGGCUACUCAGUACAAGUCUCAGUCCCACGUCAUGUUCGGCAUCAUGAAUGAGCCGCAUGACCUCCCGAGCAUCACCACUUGGGCUGCCACUGUCCAAGCCGCAGUCACUGCCAUUCGCAACGCCGGAGCCACCUCUCAGUACAUCCUCCUCCCUGGCGACAACUGGACCUCGGCCGCUACGUUCGUCUCCGGAGGGUCCGCUGCGGCGCUCGCCACAGUGACGAACCCCGACGGUAGCACCACCAACCUGAUUAUGGACGUGCACAAGUACUUGGACUCCGAUAACUCCGGCACGAGCAACACCUGCGUCACCAACAACACCGUGGAGGCCUGGGAGCCGCUCUCUGUUUGGCUCCGUGCUAACAACCGUCUCGCGAUCAACACUGAGACUGGCGGAGGUAACACUGCUUCCUGUGUCGAGUAUCUGUGCCAGCAGGUCGCCUACCAGAAGACCAUCGCCGAUGUCUUCCUCGGCUAUGUUGGCUGGGCAGCUGGCAACUUCGACACCGGAUACGUCCUCUCCGAGACCCCCACCGACAACGGCGGCACGUGGACGGACACCGAGACCGUCUCGUCCUGCUUGGCUCCGAUUGCCAACGCAUGAAGCAGCGAUACGUACAACGUUUCCCCUUCAGUUAGAGGGAUAUUUCUUGUCUCUGGUAGCAUCGGUGAAAACUGGUAGUAUGCCUCUUUUGUAAAUACAGCGGAGACAGCAAGAAAUAUUGUUUAUACAAUGAGUACGUGAUGAGCAAUCUAUUAGUCGAGCUC